GCACACAGGCACCCAGCCUUGGAGAGGCCCCUGCCCUGCGUCACCAGGAGAGGGUGACGCCCCAGGUCGGGGCAGUAGGGAGAAGCCUGUUGGGGCUGUACCUGGUGUGGCAGAGGCCAUGGGGAAGGCUCCCACGGUGAGGAAGGUCCCACAGGUCUUGACAGUAAGAACCAUGGCUUCUCUCAUUCAGGAGACAUGUCACGGCUACGUGAGUCUUCCUGCUUCUUCCAACAGCCUACGAAGAAGGUGAGGCUGGCAGUGCCCUCAGCGCUGCUUGCCUGGACCGUGUCUAAUGGGCAGCAAAAAGGGGACCUGGAGGCUCUAAAAUCCUUGGGCAGGCAGGUCAGCUUUUGGCAGAGGCCCGAGACUCUGGGCUCUGCUCGGUUCCCCCCGGAAGCAUCUCAGUGCCAUGAGAUGGGGCUGACACAGGCCCUGGGGUCUGAGGACCUGGUCCUGGCCUCACGUGAAUGACACCAAGACCUUUGUUCCAGAGACCCACACUCCAGGGCCCCGAACCCCUCUGAAGGUGCUCAGGGAGGAGGGAUGUGCGAGGCGGGAGGUGGAGGCAGUCCUGCACCCUCCUGUGCAGGGGGAGGAUGAGACCCAGUACACCCUGCUCUGGGCUUCUGUCUGCCGCAGCCCCCGCCUGCUGUUCUUGCUUCAGGAACCUCCUUGGGCCCCUGAGUCAGUCAGUCAGCCGCAGAUAUUCACAGAGCCCCUACUCUGCACUUGGCACCCUCACAACAACCCUGUGAGGUCGGUGCUAUUCAUGUCAGCCAUUUUACAGAUGAAGAAACAGGCACAGAGUUCAGUCACUUGCCCAGAGUUAGUAAGGAGCAGAGUAGGAAUUCAGAUCUGGAAGGCUGGCUUCAGAGCUGGCACUCAGCAUGGCCCAGUCAUGCUUCUCGAAGACUGGCAGGGCCCUGCCGACAGGGAGCUUGCCUUCUGCUGGGAGAAAAAGGCAAUAAAGGAGUAAAUAGGCUGUCAGGUGCUGGACAGACAGAACCAAAUGUGAGGGAGAAGCCUUGGAGGGUGUGGCGAAGAGCGUUCCAGGCUGGGGUCUGCACAUGCAAAGCCCCUGAGAUAGGAGUAUGCUUGGCGCCUCUGAGGAACAGCAAGGAGGCCAGUGUGGCUGGAGUCAGGGGGCUGGGAAUGUGUUUGGGGAUAGUCAGGGGCCAGAUGGCACAGAGCCUGGUGAGCCCUAUGAAAGGUGCCCUUGACUGUGUAUUUUCUUUGAGUCUCGCAACCUGAGCACCUGUGUGCUGCUUGGGUCCUGGGGCCAUGCCCUUGAGGAAGCUCCAGUCUGGGGGGCAGCUGGCGUGGAAACAGAGAUAGAGCCACUGGUACUGUGACAAAUGACUCAGGGGCUAUGGGAGUGCCAAGCAGGGAGGGCAAAUGCUGCCUGGAAGAGAACAUAGUACCUUUCUGGGGCAGAGGAGGGUUGUCACAGGCCCAAUGGAUGCUCCCAGUUUCAGUGCUGGGGCUAAUCUGCUUAGAACCCCAUAGUCCUCCAGCUUGUCGCCCCGUUUUUCUGUCCCAGUGGCCCUACCCCCUAUGAGCCCCACUUCCCGGAAGGUUACAGCCAGGCCCAACGUGGUCCAGGCUUCCCUCAUUCGGCCCAGCUGCUGCCUCUGGAAGGUCCCUUCCCAGAAGCCUUCAGUCCAUGUGCCCUUGGGCAGUGGCAACUCUGGUAACAUCUCCCUAGAGGCUGGGUGGGCCGCCCAGGGUGAGGAGGGCUGAGCUUGCAGCGAGCACCAGUGUCAGAGCCUGGGCCGGGACACAGCCUCCCCGCUUUGAGGGACUUUUUAGGUGAGGAGGACAUACUGUCCAUGGGAAGUCUACGUCUGUUCCCUUGGGGGCAGCACCGGAAGCAGCAGCUGCUUUCAAGCUUGUCCCUGUCCCCAGAGAGGCCCUAGGCCUCAGUGUCUUUGCCAGGGAGAGGUGGAGGAGCAUGGAGGGACCUCUGGGUGUGCAGGACCCAGGCCGAGUGCCAGCCUCAGCCUCCGCCCAGGGUCAGAGCCUAGGUCCGAGGCCUCUGCCCAGGGUCAGAGCCUAGGUCCGAGGCCUCCGCCCAGGGUCAGAACCAGAGCUUAAGGUGCUUAAACUGCUUCCUGUUUCGGGCUCAGACCAAAUCCUCGUGCCCCAAAGCUGCUGCAUCCUCCUCCCUUGAGGGGUGGCCACACUGGCCACACCCUCUGUGGCCUCCAAUCCUGAGUGCCUGCAGUGGGAUGGGGAACUGCCUAGUUGGGCCCACCCCUGCCUUCCCCUGAGGCCACCAGAGGCCCGUGCCUGAGCUGCAAAGGAUGCUGGCCUCAGUCCUGAGAAGGAACUACUUCCUCAGAGGAUCCAAGUGUUGUGAGUGCGGUGCCUCCCUUUCACACCAGUACUACGAGAAGGAUGGACAGCUCUUCUGCAAGAAGGACUACUGGACCCGCUACGGCGAGUCGUGCCACGGGUGCUCCGAGCACCUCACCAAGGGGCUGGUCAUGGUGGCCGGGGAGCUGAAGUACCACCCCGAGUGCUUCAUCUGCCUUACGUGUGGGACCUUCAUCGGUGACGGGGACACCUACACACUGGUGGAGCACUCCAAGCUGUACUGCGGGCACUGCUACUACCAGACCGUGGUGACCCCCGUCAUCGAGCAGAUCCUGCCCGACUCCCCUGGCUCCCACCUGCCCCACACAGUCACCCUAGUCUCCAUCCCAGCCUCAGCCCAUGGCAAACGUGGCCUCUCUGUCUCCAUUGACCCACCUCACGGCCCGCCGGGCUGCGGCACAGAGCAUUCCCACACCGUCCGCGUCCAGGGAGUGGACCCAGGCUGCAUGAGCCCAGAUGUGAAGAAUUCCAUCCACGUUGGAGACCGGAUCCUGGAAAUCAAUGGCACACCCAUCCGGAACGUUCCCUUGGACGAGAUUGACCUGCUGAUACAGGAAACCAGCCGCUUGCUGCAGCUGACUCUUGAGCACGACCCUCAUGACACGCCAGGCCACGGGCCAGGACCAGAGCCCAGCCCCCUGGACUCCCCAACUCACACUCCCAGCGGGGAGGCAGGCAGCGUGGCCCGGCAGAAGCCUAUCCUUAGGAGCUACAGCAUCGACAGGUCUCCGGGUGCCGGCUCACUGGGCUCCCCAGCUGCCCAGCGCAAGGACCUAGGCCGCUCUGAGUCCCUCCGUGUGGUCUCCCGGCCUCACCGCAUCUUCAGGCCAUCGGACCUCAUCCAUGGGGAGGUGCUGGGCAAAGGCUGCUUUGGCCAGGCCAUCAAGGUGACGCACCGGGAGACCGGCGAGGUGAUGGUGAUGAAGGAGCUGAUCCGGUUCGACGAGGAGACCCAGAGGACCUUCCUCAAAGAGGUGAAGGUCAUGCGCUGCCUGGAGCACCCCAACGUGCUCAAGUUCAUCGGGGUGCUCUACAAGGACAAGAGGCUCAACUUCAUCACCGAGUACAUCAAGGGGGGCACCCUGCGAGGCAUCAUCAAGAGCAUGGACAGCCAGUACCCUUGGAGCCAGAGGGUGAGCUUUGCCAAGGACAUUGCUUCUGGGAUGGCCUAUCUCCACUCCAUGAACAUUAUCCACCGGGAUCUCAACUCCCACAACUGCCUGGUCCGUGAGAACAAGAACGUGGUGGUGGCGGACUUUGGCCUGGCACGGCUCAUGGUGGACGAGAAGACGCAGCCUGAGGACCUGCGGAGCCUCAAGAAGCCGGACCGCAAAAAGCGUUACACGGUGGUGGGCAACCCCUACUGGAUGGCGCCUGAGAUGAUCAACGGCCGCAGCUAUGAUGAGAAGGUGGAUGUGUUUUCCUUCGGAAUCGUCUUGUGUGAGAUCAUCGGGCGGGUGAACGCAGACCCCGACUACCUGCCCCGCACCAUGGACUUUGGCCUCAACGUGCGAGGCUUCCUGGACCGCUACUGCCCCCCGAGCUGCCCCCCAAGCUUCUUCCCCAUCACCGUGUGCUGCUGUGACCUGGACCCUGAGAAGAGGCCCUCCUUCCUGAAGCUGGAGCAGUGGCUGGAGACCCUGCGCAUGCACUUGGCCGGCCACUUGCCACUGGGCCCACAGCUGGAGCAGCUGGACAGGGGCUUCUGGGAGACCUACCGGCGUGGUGAGAGUGGACUAUCUGCCCACCCAGAGGUCCCCGACUGAGUCCAGCCCACCCAGCUGCCCCCUCUCCUUGCUGCAGCUGGGUUCCAGCUCUGCAGGAGAAGCCAAGCGUGGAGCCCACAGCUAGGGCAGCAGAGGCCCGGACCCCACCCCCAGCGCCAGCCCCCCGACCUGCCUUCUCCUGCCCAGCACAUGUGGCCCUUGCCUUUCUAGCCCCAGAGCUGCCCUGGCUGCACACACACCACCUCACCCUGCCUUACCUCUGCUGUGGGGGGACUGCCCUUGGCUUCUCAUUGCAUGAGCUAGAGGGGCCGUGUGAGUCAUGCCCCUGCCCACCCCCUACGCCCAGCCACCACCUCUCUGCAGCCCUCUGAGGCUGGGCUGGAGACAGCCUUAGCCCUGUGCCCUGGUAAAGGCUGGGUACACAGGAGGGUGUGUGUCAAGGGAGGCAGGGGCCAAGUUCCCAGGAGCCAAACAGGGAGUCUAGGGCCAUGUCAUCCCCCAGGGGUGUCUAGGUUGCAGCAGGUAUUGAUAAUCCCCCGAAACCCCAGAGCAGAGGAAGGCCUGAUCCUGCAGGUGGAAGUCCUCAUUGGCCAGGCAGCAGCCUUUUCUCUCCCUUUGGGUCUUUUUUGUUUCUUUAUUGAAACCACUUUAGUGAGAAGCAGGUACCAGGCCUCAGGGUGAAGAGAGGGUCCCUUGAGGGGGAGGGGACGAGCAAGCCCAGGCCUAGGGAGGUUGGGCAGAGCAGACAAGGCAGGUGUCUACCAGCAUCCCAGCCCCCAGGUUCAUCUCAUUGUCCUCUCCUGGGCCUCCCCGAGGCCCCUGCCCCUCCUUAUGUCCCUCUGUCCUCUGGGUUCUUUCUGUGUAAUCUAUUUUUUAAGAAGAGUUUGUAUUAUUUUUUCAUAUGGCUGCAGCACCAGCUGCUGGGGGCUUGGGGUUUUAUUUUUUUGGCGGGUGGGGGUGGGGGGGGCCAUUUUGUCACUUUGCCUCAGUUGAGCAUCUAGGAAGUAUUAAAACUGUGAAGCUUUCUCAGAGCACUUUGAUCCUGGAGAACCAUCAGAACGGCUUGUGGGACCAUGACUUAGGGAGGUGGGGCAUGUCCCUCUCCAUCCAGGAACCGCGAUGUCUAAGGAACAAAACCCAGACACAGAAUAAUAAAUAUAUUCUGUACUCCCCACCCAGAUCCCGCAUCGUGGUGUGUGUGGGGGGGCCCCAGGGAAAUGGACAAGAGGGGAACUUGGUGCCACGUAGAACUUGGGAAGGCUUGAACAGAGGGGUGCGGGGCAAUCAGAGGGAUGUAGAGGGGGUGAAAGCACCCUGUCCCCAGCCCGGUGUUGUGCAGAGCAGAGGUAGUAGCCCAGCCAGGACAAGGAAAGAUUUUUUUUUUUAACAGCAGGAAGCAGCUACCUCCCCUUGGGCUGGGGACCUAGGCUAUUUCAGUUAUCUACUGUGCAUAAUAACUCAUCCCUAAAUUAAGUGCCAUAAAAUAAUGGCAAUCUUCAUUUCUGACAGUUUCUCUUGGUCAGGAAUUUGGAAGGAGGCUGGAUGGGUAGUUUUGGUUUGAAAUCUCUCUUGAGGUUGCUGUCAGAUAUUGCCUGGGUUUGGAGGGUCCAUGUUCAAGGACGUUCCAUGUGGCUCACUCACAUUGCUGGCAAAUUGGAGCUGGCUGUUAGUGGGAGACCUCAGUUCAUCCAGAGCCUCUCUACAGGGCUGCUUGAGUGUCCUCACAACAUGGCAGCCGCCUUCCUCUAGAGGGAGGGCAAGGGAGAUGCUCCAGGGCCUUUUAUGACCUGGCCUCAGUAGUCAUACACCAUCACUUCCUUCAUAUUCUUUUGGCCACACAUGCCCCCCUUGACUCAGUGUGGGAGGGGACUCUCCACGGCCACGAAUACCAGGACCAGGAGGGGUCAUUGGGGGUCAUCUUGGAAGCCGGCUAAGAGUUUGGGAGGAGAAGCCACAUGGGACCGGUGUCUGGAUUUUUGGUGUGCUGGAGCAGAUUCUAAGCAGUGUUGCUGUUGGAACUUCUAAGGAAGCAGGUGCAAAAAUGGUAAGUGCUGGAGCAAAACGUCUGCUACCUCUGACUAGCACUGGAAAGGAGAAGGAAGUCUUUUUUUCCACCUUCCAAUCUCCCUUAGCUGGCUCCUCUUGGCAGGCAGAACGUAACAGGAAACCAACUGGCAAAGAAGUCUGCGAAAUGUAGUUUUCAACAUUCCACCAAGAGAAAAUGGGAGAUGGGUUUUGGGCUGAGAUAAACCAAAAAAAACCAAACCCACUGCCUUCGAGUUGAUUCCGACUCAUAGCGACCCUAUAGGACAUAGAGUUUCCAAGGAGCGCCUGGCGGAUUCAAACUGCUGACCUUUUGGUUUCCUUACGGUUUUCUCGGGCUGAGAUACAAUAAGUAAAUAACCAGCACAGUCCACCACUACGGCUCUUCAUCACCCAUACACACAUUUAGUUUCCAUUCAACUCAACGACUUUAUGGUUCCACUCAGCAAAGAUGCAAGUACCCUUUGUACAAAGAUGCUGCCAUUUUCUUCAUAAACGAUGGCAAAGUUGUACAGCUGUCGUACCCAUCACUUGGUAAUAUUAAUGCCAGCCACAAUUCCACUGAAUAUUCUGUAAACUAAAGACUUAAAUCAGAAAGUUAAUCAAUAGUACUUAUAUCAAAUAAGGCAAUGAAAAGGGAGGGGAAAAUUAGUUGAUAAUAUAAAAAUGUAACAAGCAAAAAAAAAAGUAUAGCUACUACAGUCCCGAUUUCUAAAACCGGUCAUGAUGUCAUAAUUGAUUUUUAAUUGUUUUAUUGAGACAUAAUUCACAUAUAUUCAUCCACUUAAAGUAUAAAAUUCAGUAGUUUUCAAUAGUCACAAUUUUAUAAUAUUUUCAUCACUCCCAGAAGAAACCCCAUACCCAUUAGCAGUUAUCCCACAUUUCACCCCUCCCACAGCCUUAGGCAACCAUGAAUCUACUUUCUGUCUCCGUAAAUUUGCCUUUUCUGGAUUUAGUAUAAAUGAAACCAUACAGUAGGUGGCCUUUAGUGUUUGGCUUCUUUCACUUAGCAUAACGUUUUAAAGGUCCUCGUAUCAGUGCUCCACUUCUUUUUAUGGCUGAAUAAUAUUCUGUUUUAUGGAUAUACUGCAUUUUGUUAAUCCAUUCAUCAGCUGAUGGACAUUUGGGUUGUUUCCACUUAGCCAUUAAAACUAACGUAUGAGAGCUUGAAUCAAAAUGGCAGCCUAGUUAGAUGCACCAUGCUGUCCUACAGCAAAGACCAGAGAAACUAUAAAAGAUACAAAUGACAACCCUGGAACCCUUAGCAUCAAAUGAAAGGAUAUAGGAUUAGAUCAAACACUGACUGGAAAAAGAAACUGAACGGCAGCAGUUCGUGGGGGGAGAUACAGAGCAAAGGUACCCUGCCAGCCAGUCCAGCACAGCGGGGCCGUUUUAAGACAAAGCCAGCAGCAACACUGGGGGAGCACAGGAAGGCAACAUCAUGGGACUCCCAAUAGGAGACAGAGAAACUGCAAAGACACCCAGAGUGAAGACAGGUGAACAAGACAGGAACUGCCACUAAGGAGGGAAAGUACAGGAAAGAGGAUGAGAGUUUCUGGAAUACAUACAGUAGGGGGAAAAUUAGGACCCAGAGACAGGGCAACUCUCCAGUGGUGGUACCUGACCGAUAGGGCAGGUGGUUAAUAUAGAGCAAUAGAUGGGCCACCACUGCCCUUCUUUUUUUCAUUUUUCUCACUCCUCCCCCUGGCUACCCACCCCAUCCUUCCCCAGCCAGAGAGAGCACCUGCUUUGAUACAUCAAAACAAAAAAAAAUCAUAAAAUAACACCUUAAUGCCUUAGAGACAGCAGGCAAUAUCAAAUCAUAUAAAGAAACUGGACAAGAUGAUUCAACCAAACGACCAAAAUAAAGGUGCAGAAAAACUCCCCGAGAAAGAGAUGGUGACGGAGCUGCCUGAUGAGGAACUCAAAAGGCUUACAUACAGGGUCCUCAAGGAGAUCAAAGAAAGCUCAGAAAAAACCCGAGAAAAAUUCAGGAAAACAAUACAAGA